GCGAGCGCCGCAGGUGCGGAGGGGCGGGGUGGCACCUGCCGGAGAGCCAGGCGACCCGGCUGCGGCGCUGAGCCUCUGAGCCCGGGGACGGGAAAACCCAGGGGCUCUCUGUGGACGUGCGUCCUGAGCCGGCAGCUGAUGGAAAAAGACACGAUGCCCCGAAGCCCCUGAGCUGAAAGGGGCCAGACAGAGGCCAGCAUGGGCUCCGAGCUGCCCGCACCUUGGCUGCUACUCUGGCUCCCAGCAGGCAAUCCUUCUGCUUUUUGAGAGUUGGAUGCCUGGCUUGCAUUUUUGAAGAUGAAGUUUGCCAACCUGGGGAAAAUACCAUUUUGGUGUCAACAAGACCUGAUACAGAUAUUAUUUGGGUUAGGAUGCCUGUCUUUGCUGGUGACAGUCCAGGACACAGAACGCUAUGUCACCCUGUUUGCCUCCGUUACCCUCAAAUGUGACUACACCACCUCUGCGCAGCUCCAGGACGUGGUGGUGACCUGGCGGUUCAAGUCCUUCUGCAAGGACCCCAUCUUUGACUACUUCUCCGCCUCGUACCAGGCAGCACUGUCUCUGGGUCAAGACCCCUCCAACGACUGCAAUGAUAACCAGAGGGAAGUGCGCAUUGUGGCCCAGCGGCGGGGGCAGAAUGAGCCGGUGUUGGGGGUGGAUUACCGACAGCGCAAGAUCACUAUCCAGAACCGAGCGGAUCUUGUGAUUAAUGAAGUGAUGUGGUGGGACCACGGAGUAUAUUACUGCACCAUUGAGGCUCCCGGGGACACAUCUGGAGACCCAGAUAAGGAGGUGAAGCUCAUCGUCCUGCACUGGCUGACAGUGAUCUUCAUCGUCCUGGGAGCUGUCCUCCUGCUGCUGCUGAUUGGAAUAUGCUGGUGCCAGUGCUGCCCACAGUACUGCUGCUGCUACAUCCGCUGCCCCUGCUGCCCCGCCCGCUGCUGCUGCCCUGAGGAAGCCCUGGCCCGCCACCGCUACAUGAAGCAGGCUCGGGCCAUAGGUCCUCAGAUGAUGGAAAAACCCCUGUUCUGGGGUUCGGACAGGAGCUCCCAGGUCUCAUCUUAUGCAAUGAACCCGCUGCUGCAGCGAGAUUUAUCCGUGAGAUCCAGCCUCCCCAAGAUGCCAAUGACUCAAACCGCUGCUCACCCUGCCGUCACCAAUGGUGUCCUGGAGUAUUUGGAGAAAGAACUCCGGAACUUCAACCCGGCGCAGCCCCUGCCUCCCGACCUCAAAGCCGGACCUGGCCACCCCUGCAGCAUGCUGUCCUCCCUGGGCUCUGAGGUUGUGGAACGCAGAAUCAUCCGCCUGCCCCCGCUGAUCAGAGACCUGCCGUCCUUGAGAAGGGCCAGCGACUCAUCGCACCAGCAGUGGCUCAACCCGGUUCCCUCCAGACCCUGGGAUCUGAGGGAGGGGAGAAGGCAGCAUCACUCCUCCGAUUUCCUGCAGGAGCUCCAGGACCGAGGGUCAAAAUCCUGGGCAUCUGGAAGAAGGGAGCUGGACCACCCAGCAAGCGGAAGGCACCGCUGCUCCAGGAGGCACGGGUCACCUGCGGCCUGGUCAGACCCAGACAGCCUCAGUGAUGGUCCCUCGUCCAGUGAAGCGCAUUGGCGGCCCAGCCAUCUUCAUCCCCGCAGCCACCACAGGGAGAGGUCCCGCAGGGCUAGCCCGGAGCAGGACUACAGGAGGGCCAGGAGACGCCGGCCCCGAAGCUACUCCCCUCCCGUGCCCUCUGGCCUCAGUUCCUGGAGCUCUGAUGAGGAGAAGGAGACGAGGCCCAGAGACAGGGGCUCCCGAAGCCGCCAUGGCCACUCUCGUUCCCCAAACUGGCCUGAGGAGAAGCCGCCCAGCUACCGCUCACUGGAUGUCACUCCAGGCAAGAAUGGCAGGAGUAAAGGGAGUGUGGAGAGGCGCUCGGAGAGAGAGAGCUCCCAUAGUGGAAGGAGUGUGGUCAUUUAGUCACCGGGCACAGCACUACUUCUGUGGCUACUUCUCACUUCCUGUGUGUCAUCAGCAUCAUCUAGAUUUCCAACUGAUUUGAGAGAGAUACUGCAAGUCUACCUAAGAAUUUUGGCUUCAAUUCUAGGAAUCAAAUAGAAGAAUUUUAAAAACAAGAUCGAAGAGUCAGUGACUAGCCUUAGCCUUGGUUCACACUCUCUGACUAUUCAUACAGUCCCUCAUGUGUAAUGGAGCCUAACACGGAUAUGAUCCCUCAGGAGCUUAGUAGCCUCAGUCUCCAAGUAGGUCACAGUAGUGGGGACCAUGGCCAUUCUUAAAAUGAGAACUCAGGAAUUGUAUUGGUAGGCUUUCUGCUGCUGGAACAAAAUACCUUGCAUAUACAAUUUAUUUUGGUUCAUGGUUUCAGAGAUUUCAGUCCAUGGUCAGCUGG